GGCUAUUUCGCAUGCAGCAGUGAUGACAUGGUUGGAGAAAGACGACGUGGUCUGUGCAGAAACGUGAGUUCGCGGUCUCGCGUCGACGCGUCGCACUUUAGCAGUCGAGCUCAACAUCCCAACCUCAACACCUCAAUCUCUACACAACCACCACAAUGGCCGAUUUCUUCAACGUAAAAGCGAGGCAACAAGCCGCUGCAAAAGCGAGCUCAUCUAAAGCGCCUACAACGAAGCAAGAGCCCAAUCGCAUGCAGCCAUGGGUUGAGAAAUACCGCCCCAAAACCCUCUCCGAGGUAACAGCCCAAGACAACACAAUCCAAAUCCUGUCUCGCACGAUGCAAUCGUCCAACCUCCCGCACAUGCUCUUCUACGGCCCGCCAGGCACAGGAAAAACGUCCACGAUCCUUGCCCUCGCCAAAGAACUCUACGGUCCCGAACUCAUGAAAUCGCGCGUCCUAGAACUAAACGCCUCAGACGAACGCGGCAUCAGCAUCGUGCGCCAAAAAGUUAAAGACUUCGCGCGCCAGCAACUCAGCGUCGCGCCUACCUACAACGUCAUGACGGAAGAUGCGAGCAGCGGCGAAACAAAGACAGUGCGGUACAGAGAUAAAUACCCGUGUCCGCCGUUCAAAAUCAUUGUGCUGGAUGAGGCGGAUAGCAUGACGCAGGAUGCGCAGAGUGCGCUGCGUAGGACUAUGGAAACGUACAGUCGCAUGACAAGGUUUUGUCUCGUUUGUAAUUACGUCACGAGGAUUAUCGAUCCGCUGGCGUCGAGGUGUUCGAAGUUCAGGUUCAAGAGUUUGGAUCAGGGGAAUGCGGUUAAGCGCGUUGGCGACAUCGCAAGGUUGGAAAAUGUGGCAUUGGAAGAAGGGGUUGCGGAGGAGUUGGUCAGAGUCGCAGAUGGCGAUUUGCGGAAAGCGAUUACGUUCUUGCAAUCUGCGGCGAGGCUUGUGGGGGCUGUCGUCCAGGCUCAGGGUGCGGGGGGCAAAAAGAAGAAGAAGGUUGUUGCCGAGGAAGACGAGAUGGAUAUCGAUUCUGCUGCGGCGGCGCCGACUCAGACACCCGCUGUUUCCCUCCCCAUUAUCGCUGAGAUCGCGGGUGUGCUGCCUCCAGCUACGCUAUCUUCGUUCAGCGACUCGCUCUUCCCCAAGUCUUCGGCUACCAAGUCGAUACGCUACAACGAGAUUGCCAAGGUGGUGGAGAAUAUGAUUGCAGAAGGGUGGAGCGCGUCGCAGACUGUGGGCCAGUUGUACGAACAGAUCAUGUUUGACGAGAGGGUUGAGGAUGUGAAGAAGGUUAGGCUUGCAGGCGUGUUUAGUGAGACGGAUAAGAGGCUUGUUGAUGGUGGGGAUGAACAUCUUGCUGUGCUGGAUUUGGGGGUUAGGGUUGCGGGGGUGCUUUGUCUCUGAGGGAGUAACGGCGCUCUCAUGGGGAUUAUGUCUCUGUAAAGCAUACUGGGUGCGGGACAUGAAGAGACAUAUUCGACAUAAUCAACGGGUUUGAUGGGAUUGUAGCACUCAUGGUAACGUCUUUAUUUGCACGAUCAAACAGUAAGCUACAUUACAUUCGUAUCGUAUCGUACGGGGAUAUCUCAGGAACGAUGUACAAAAAAAAUGAACAAGUAGAAG